GUCGUCACGUGAUUUGUCCAUUGAACGCAAACAUGGCGUUCAGACAAAACAAAAUGUUAGUCGAGAGAAUUUUAAAUGCUUUUGUAGUUUUGUUUGUAUUUAGUUCAUUUUCUGUGGGAAGUGAAAUCCGCAGCGCAGUAAUUGACAAUGAAAGCAGUCAGUUGACUGUGGUGAACGGAUACAGAGAGGAUUUUAUCGCCUGGGCCAAUUUUACUGAUGCCAUUAAAACAACAGGUUGGUCUUUCUUGGAGGUCACAACAAGCAGUCAGUUUAAUGACAGCAUUCAGGCCUACGCCGCCGGUGCAGUGGAAGCUGCUGUCACAUCUCAGCUCAUAUACAAGCAUUGGAUGAACACUCUAAUGAGCUACUGUGGACCAUUCAAGAGUGAGACAGCUUACUGUGAACGUCUGAAGGCCUACAUCACAACUAAUAUGCAGUGGAUUCAAGACCAAAUAGAGCAAAAUUCAAAUUCCCCCUAUUGGUACCAGGUUCACCUGGCUCUGCUGCAACUGAAAGGUCUGGAGGACAGCUAUAAUGAGGAGUUGUCAUUUCCUCAGGGACGUCUUUCCUUCAACCCAUUUGGAUUCCUACUUUUCCAGAUGGGUGGAGACCUGGAGGACUUAGAAUCAGCUCUGAACAAAUCCAGCGAGUUGCAGCCUCUUGGAUCUGGUUCCUGCUCUGCUCUCAUUAAACUCCUACCAAACAACAAGGAACUUCUGGUGUCACACGACACCUGGAACACUUAUCAGGCUAUGCUGCGCAUUAUGAAGAAAUACAUGUUUGCCUUCAAAGUCUCUCCUUUAGAUAACUAUUAUCUUCCUGGGGGAAUUCAGGCUUUUUCAUCCUAUCCUGGAUCCAUCUUCUCUGGUGAUGACUUUUACAUCCUAAGUAGCGGCUUGGUAACAUUAGAAACUACCAUUGGCAACAGCAACCCUGCUUUGUGGAAGUAUGUGCAGCCCACAGGAACCGUUAUGGAAUGGCUGAGGAACAUUGUGGCCAAUCGACUGGCUGUCAGUGGCAAACAGUGGGCUGAGAUAUUUAGCAAAUACAACAGUGGAACGUAUAACAACCAGUGGAUGAUAGUGGACUACAACCAAUUCACUCCAGGAAAGACUGACAUUAAAGAAGAUCUUUUUGUUGUCCUGGAGCAGAUUCCAGGAUUUGUUGUUUACACUGAUAAAACGAACGAAUUGCUGAAGAAGGGAUACUGGGCAAGUUACAAUAUACCAUAUUAUGAGGACAUAUUCAAUGCAAGUGGCUGCAAUGAGCUCGUAGAAAAGUUUGGUCCAUGGUUUUCUUUGGAUCAGAAUCCUCGGGCUCAGAUAUUUAGAAGGAACCAGACUGAGGUCAAAGAUGUGGAAUCAAUGAUCCGCCUCAUGAGGUAUAAUAAUUUUAAAGAAGAUCCAUUAUCUAAGUGUGAAGGCUGUAAUCCCCCUGCAAAUGGAGAGAAUGCCAUCUCCGCCCGCUCUGACCUGAAUCCAGCUAAUGGAACGUAUCCAUUUGGUGCACUGAAACAGAGACCACAUGGAGGAACAGACAUGAAGUUGACAUCUUACGAGAUGUUUCGAGAUUAUGGCAUGGUGGCAGUGAGCGGGCCAACCUGGGACCAGGUAUCACCCUUCCAGUGGAGCACUUCUCCAUACAAAGAUUUGAUGCAUAUGGGUCAACCAGAUAUAUGGACGUUUAAGCCAAUUAAAGUCAGCUGGACAUAAAUUGUCCUAAAGAAUUAUAUCAAGUGCUCAUCUGUGCAGUUUUACAUAAUGAUAAAGGAAUUAUUUGAAAAAAGUCAGAUGAAGACUUAUUAGAAUACAAUUGUCUUCAAAUUGAAUAACAUUACAAUUGAGUGCAAUAAUAUUGUGAUCGUGCUGAACAAAAAGUGUUGACAUUUAAAAACAAAGAAGUCAAACAUUGUAACAACAUUGCUUGUGAGACAUUAAAAAAGAUUUUCUUGUGUUGUAUUUUUUAACAAUGUUUAAAUUAUAGUUUUUAACGGUUGUUAAUCCUUGAAAUUAGCAUUUUAAAAAGAUGCAUUGAAAUCAAUAAAAUCAUGUCAUGUUUCAUAAAGGC